AGGAUGAUAUAAACCUAGGCAUGGACCGAUCGGACCAUUCGCUGAAAUCAUUAGCAGCAUCACUGAAUAAAACCCAUUCUCAGCAGCAGGAGCCAAGUAUUUCUGUAACUUUCAAAAAUAAAAAUCCUGCAGAUGAAUUGCGUCCAGGAAGGCAUCGCUGUGAUUGUCAAGCUAGAACGCAUAAGUUGAUUCGGAAUUGCAUGAGCUGUGGACGUGUAGUAUGCGAGCAGGAGGGCAGUGGACCUUGUAUGUUCUGUGGUGAACUUGUCUGCACUCGAGAAGAACGGAAACUUUUAAAUCAGCAGUCAAGAAAAUCAGUUGAGCUUUACUAUAGAUUAAUGGGAUGUGAAGAUGACAAAACUGUUGGUGGCGGAGUGUUUUCCCUGGCAUCAGUCGGGAGUGCGUUAGCAAAAGCUGAGCAAUAUAAAAAUAAAUUACUGGCUGCAGAUUCUAACACAGAAAUGAAAACGCGCAUUCAUGACUUGGAAUCGGAUUAUUAUAACAUGGAAAAUAACAUAUAUUUGACAAAAGCGGAACGAGAAGCUAUACUGAAUCGUAAAGAAGAAUUAAAAGAAUUGAGAAUGCGACAACGACGAGCUCUUGUUAUGGACUUCGAUUUGGAGGAAACUAGUGUUUUCGAAACCAAAAGUAAGCAUGAGGACACACAUGAUCCAGUUAUCGAGUCAAUUUUGUUGUCUUCCAGAAGACGACAACAAACUGAAGCAUCAAAACCUAUAGCGAAAUGGGCUCCGGAUGGAUUUGUACUAAAGUAUAAUAGCCAAAAUAAAUGCAAAAACAAUCAUGAACAUGAUGACGAAAAUGACAGAGAAAUGGAAGACGUAGCAUUUAUGAUGUUAAGUGAUGAAAUGAUAUAUAUGGAAGUGGCAAGAAAAGGUUAUUCGAUGGGUAUUGUUCAGCCUAUUGCAACACUGCUAGCUUAUGGAUUUCGAAGGCAUCUUCCAUGGAAUGAAGAUGUUGACAUUAGAGGACCAAUAAUUAUUGCUUCUAAAGGCAAAACUGUUUCGAGAAAUGAAAUUGAAAAAGAAAUCUCACGCUUUUGGCAUUCGCUUCUAAAUAAUAAUGGAAAAAGGCGUAAACUUCCAUCAGAAUUUCCUUCGGGUGCAAUUGUGGGUCGCGCAUUGCUUACUGAUUGUUUGUCGAUGGAAGAAUAUGACAAGAAGUAUUUGAACAAGGAAUGCUCUGGUACUGAAGGAUCUUAUGUGCUUAUAUUCGAUGUUUUUGAACCAUUGCUUAUCCCUAUCCCUCACGUUCCUCUUUCUGAUGGUAUUUAUCAAGUUGACAAGCAGUUACUGACUGCUAUAAAACAAAUCCUCGAACCGGUAUCCUUCUCUUGAGUGAUUUUUUGUUAGGUUGAAAUUAUGGUUGUAGCACAGCACGCAGACUCAGAAAAGUCACUUGUGUUUAUUACUUUGUAUAGUCAGUAAAUCCUAGGAGUGUAUAAUCAGUGAGUCCUAGGACUGAAUCUUGGAUAUUCGUUUUCACUUAUUGUAGGCUAGCAUUGAGAAUCCCAUCGUAUUUGCUUGUUUUAAAUUCUGUUUGAAUAUGCCGUGACCCAGCAUGGGUCCAAUUAUUUCAAGGUCCUGUUUUUAUUGUUACUCAGAUGUAAUUCAAGUUGAUUAUUUUGAUUUGAUGGGCAGAGAAAUAUGAUAAUGAAUGCAUCUGCAUCAGCAACAGAAAAUAUGAAUUAUUCGAAAUGCAC